AUUGUGGGUAAUGACUAAAUUAAAUUAGAUUUUGAUCGCCAUGAUUGUGUGAUCCGGUUGAUUUGUCAGUCAAAUUUCGUUUCUCAGACGCAUUUCAAGAUAUCAAACCCAUCUCACAUUCAUCAAAAUGAUGUCUUCCGGAAAUUUGCCUCCCAACGCUUACCAAUCUUUAUCAUCGAGAGUGAUGAGGAUUCCGAUGCGGCAUACAUUCACACUAGACCAGAAACGGAUCCUGAUGAAAUACUUUGAACAGGGAAUGGUUGGACAGAGUCUCAUGUAUCAAGAGAAGAUCCAGCAGUGUGCACAGGAGGCUUCGCUAGAAUUCGAUGUCGUUAGGAACUGGAUCGGGAACCAGCGGAGAAAACGUCGAUUGGAAGAAGUUCAAAGAGCAUGCAUGCAGAAUUACAUCGACCAUGUUCCUCCAGGCGAAAGUAAUGAAGGAAUACCACCUACCAAAAUGCAAACCUUGACCAUGGCACCACCCCGCCAAACUCAGAUGCUCUUCUUACCACACAUGGCAAAGCAACACGGACCCGGUACGACACCACCUCAACAGCCACUUCCUGGUGGAACACCCGUUGAGGGCGCUGUUCAUAGUUCAGAGACACCACCCAAUCCACAACACAGUGAAGCCAACCAAGCACAGAUAAAUCAAAUGGCGCUAACGCAAUUGGUACCAACAAACCAGAACGUCCAGCAACCUUCACCACAGACCCAGCCACCCCAUACGUCUCCAUGCUUGCCAAAUCGUUCAAUUCCACCCUAUCUUCAAGGACAAUCCUCCACUGGUUACCCACCAGUAACCGCAAACGAUGGCAUGCAGGCGAAUAGUAUGCCACCUCAAUCAACACCCCCAGUUCAAGCCCCCACAUCACAGAGAUCCAACCAUUCUUCCCCGCUUGGAUCUGUGUCAUCUCCUGUCAUGUCGGCGGCGUCAAUGCAGGAUGAAGACAUUGGGUUCCAUCAGACCCCAAUCCGAGGGUUCUACCCUGGUCCCAGGGGACCAAGAAUGAUGCCAGGAGGUGCAGUUCCGUUCCCAGGGCAUCCGCAACAGAGAAUGUCACCUCCAAGCUUUACCGUCUACCCGUCAGUCAAGAUGAUGCCUCCUCCGAAGGAAUCACCAGAAAUGAGGCACCAUGAAAUAAGACGAAUCGUGGAGCAGAUUCAAAUGAAUUUGGAUCGCUUGGAACAACUUGGCUGUGAGUCUCUCCUUGCGACAGUGUCCACGCCUGAUCGCUCGGCGUAUGUCUGCGGCACACCUAUUGCCCUCCAAUACUUCUCUAAAGUCAACAAGGAUAACCCAAUGGCUGAGUAUAUCCACAAGCAGGUUUCAUCCGAUGGGGACUUUGACCCAGACGGUCUCGACAGCGACAGCCCGAACACAGACGACGUGGGCUUGGAUGAGCAGGAAGUAAACGCGACGAGUGGGGGAAAGCAGAAUGACAAACAUGAGACGCCCAUGGGGAUUGGUCAGCCAGUACAAGAACGGGUGAAGCUGAACCCAGAACUGACCAAUGAGGAGGAGGAUGACAUGGACAUGAUUGGGGAUGGAGAAGGGAUAAUAAAAUCAGGUGAGGAGAUUUAUAUCGUUAAUAAAGAUCGGAUGGUGAUUGGGACAGGAAUGCUGUAUCCCAGGCCUCAUGAUAAGAUGACCUUUAAGAACUCACCUGAAUAUCCAGAAUAAAACGAUUAUCAUAUUGAUAAGAAAAGAUAUACAGCAAGAUUGAACGGAUAAGAAGAUGAUUUGAUGAAUAAUGCAGUCAAAGUAGCAUCGAUAUUCAGAGCUUGAAGCUGAAAUUUAGGGUAAGAGGUAGCUGAUGAAUCGAUCGGUGGAUUAGUGUAAGACUUCGGCAUCGUCGAUAACAAAUACUUUAAGAAAUGAAUAUGUUAUUCGAGAAUCAUGAAUAGAUACAAUAAACAGUCAACUUUAUGUGGACAUUCCACUCUUAAAUGUUGGGCAACAUACUGUCCACACAAGAAUUGCUUAAAAGACUUAUCCAACUCUGUGUAGUUUUCAACCAUACUGUGUAGUUUUCACCCAAAGCACACAUUAUUGGUUUAAAACUAGUACCCAGAAUUGGAUAAAGUUUUAACCAAUUGUUGUGUGAACAGUAUGUUGUCCAACAUUUUUAAGAGUGUAUUAUGUUGAAUCUGAAAUUUAGAAGAAAUUAGUACUUAUUAAAGUAAUUAUCAGAAUAGCAUAUGUGAGUUCAAGUUCUUUGUUGACUGCUGGUAGUGGCAUUUGGUUCAAUUACAGACAACAGCCAUUGUAGGUAAUUCGUAAUGAGGAUAAUAUAGUGCUGCUUUGACUAACGGGCGAGACAUUUAAUCUAUCCUUAAUGUGAAUGGGAUCACUUUGCACUGUACUGUCACGAAGCUAAGCAGUUAGGCACUCUCAACACGUUGCUGGACUUGAAAUCUCCGUAUAAUUCCUCAAUUAUUUUGUUACAUUCGGACUUGCAGCGAUGGUUUUCCUGUUGAUGUCAACUCCGACGAUUAAUGAUUCGGCAUUAGUUUCUCCGGUAAAAUUGAAGCUACAAUGACUAAUAUCCGAGUCGAAAUUCGCUAUAGUCCCUAAAGUCACUUGGGUAAAUAGGCAUCAUCACUUUUUAAGUUGAGUAUAUGCAAGUGAUAUGAUUAGGAAUUCAGAAUAGAUGGUCUUUUGUCGAUGUUUUUUUAGUCAUGAGGACUAAAAUCGUGACCGGACCUACUUCUAUAUACUUCAUGCAUAUAUAUUGGUGUAUGCUAUAUAAUCCAAUUUUUGGAGAGAAACGAAAUGUACUCUGGAAUUAUGCAACUCAAACUGAAGAUAUCUUUAUUAUCACUACGUGUAACAUGUUUAGUGUGAUUGUAGGGCUUAAUUUAUAAAGUGAACGAUGUUUCAUAUUUCUUGCCGCUAUAAUCAUGACAGUUGCUCUUCGGAAAGUGUUUGAUUAUUAUGUAUAUAUAAUUCGACGUAUUUAUUCAGUUAAUAGAUCUGAAGUACGAGAUGUUUUUAUGUGGUUAGAACCCAUUGAUUUUUUAAUGACAUUUUCGAUAAUUGAUUAUCUACAAUCGAUCAAAUGCCGUAUAUAAACGUGAUUCAACCGAUAACAGCAUUGCAAAGUAUCGCAAAAUCUGAGAAUUUCGUUAUGUUAUUAAUUUUCAUGUAAGUUCUGCGAAACAGCUUGUAUUUUGCUUGUUUUGAACUAAUGAAGCCUAUUUCCAGCUAAAUGUGUCGUUCAGUACAGGUCUUAACGAUGGAUAAGCUUUACGGUGAUAGCUAGAAAGUCCUUUAAUAGAGGAUCUUGAUUUCUUAACCAGUAUGGUUCGUAAUGAAUAAUACACAGAACGUCAUGUGCUAUUUAAAAAAAAAAAAACUUUCAUAUGGUUUGUGUCUCUGUUUAUUGUGCUGUUAAAUUUCAAUUUGUUAUCUUUAUUAUAAGGCUGAGUAUUCAUUACUAUUGCUCCGCAAUCCGCAUGCAGGACUCAUCUCCGCAGGCACAAGUGACUUCACACCGAUGGUUUAUCAAGAAUUGAUUUCUACGUGACCGAUGUAGGUCAGGUUCCGGGUCUGCUUUUACUGGAAAGAAAUAAGUCGGCCUAUAUAGCCUUUGCGUUCAAAACUGUCAUCAUGACAAGUCAAUUAUUAGUAAUAUUGAUCGGGGUCUGCGCUUCACCAUUCCUUUUUGAGAUAUUGUUUUUUUUUUAUAUAUCGUGUUGGAAACCGAAACAAAUGUCAUGGAACAGGUACUCCGAUUGCCGCUGACAAUCUCCAAGUUAGCUGGCAAAUAAGGAAUAUCUAGAAAUGUGAAGGUUUAAUGUUUCCCGCACGGUAGAUUCUUUUUUCUUAAACAAUAUCUAAAAAAAAGUACUGGCGGAGCGCAAACCCCGUUCCACGACAUUUGCUCAUGCGACAGUUGUUCCGCUCUAAAUUCUGCACACUAAUCGAAGACCAACUUCAACACUCGACUGGGUUUAAAACACUAUAUACCUUACCCUAAACCUUACAUAAAACCCUAAUGCAACCCUAACCCUACCUGAAAGAUGAAAAAAAAGAUGAAAAUACAUGUUUUAUUGUUCGAAAUAGACAUGACAUGAAAUGAAAUACUCCGAAAAUUUGCUUUGCCCAAUUGAUCGUGGGCCCGGCAGCCGCUGUGCAGUGCCAGAUCGAUAUUUUUUAAAUGAUAAUUUUUGUGUGUGAUACAUUGUAAAAUAUUCACACUUUUGUUCCUUUUAUUGAACGCUAAACAGGGUAGCAGCAACUCCAAUCUUUUAACGUCUUUUGGUCUGACGCGGCCGGGGUUUGAACCCCCGACCUCCCGGUUGUGAGAAGGGCGCUCUUACCAACUGGGGCCAACACACCUACCUGGAGCAACUGUCGCAGGACCAUAUUCACCAUAUUCCCGUAAUACGCUUGUUAUUUGGCGACGUAAGAUAAACUGCAAUCAUUUCUAUCAUCAUGAUCAUCAGUGCACGUCGUAAUGAAAAUAAGGAAAAUUGAAUCAAACUAUUUUUUGCAAAUAUGAGGCUUUGUUUUGGGUCGUGUGAGAUCGUUUGCAUUGUUAAAAGGAAACAGUAAAAUACGGUGAAAACCAGCAAAAUAUAACAUGUUAUAAUUAUGCA